GAGGAGGAGGAGGAAAGGGAGGGAAAGGGCCCUUCAACGGGGACACAAGAAAAAGGGAGCCUCUGCGUGUCACUGGAAAAUAAAACUGCGCAAUUUCUUUUGACCGAGUGCCUGCGUGGACCUUCCUCCGUGGAAAUGUUCCGGAGCGGAUUCUAUCGUCAGCCCAGAUCGCAUUUGAUUCUAUUUGAACGGCCGAUUUUCCCAGCAGAUGGUUCCACAAUCGCAUCAAGAGGAGGAGAAGCGAGCUGUGGAUCAUGCCUUGCCCAUGGGCCGACACCUUCCCUGCCUGCGCAUGUUUGCAUCAAAACGCGUCAUGGAUGUGCACAUCGCCACUUGUUCUGCGUCAUCCGCGGCCGGGAGAGGAGAUGCGCAAUCUCCAUUAAAACUACCAGGCCGUGGAAAAGGAAGAGCGUUUGAAUGUUCUUCCUCCGGAAUGGAUGCAGUUGGUGUCUCCACCCCUCUGCGCGCCGAUUCUGCUGCACUUUGGAAUCAGCGCCACCGGAGGGCGCCACAGCACUGCGGGGAACUGGAUUUUGCUGCUCCUGUCUCGAAUCAUCUGACGACAUUGGAGGCGGAAAGCGUGAUGUCGGCCCGGUGAAAUCGAGCGAGCGACCGACUCCAACCCCCAUGCUCACGUGCGUCUAGGAGGCACCCGAGAGAUGACCGGCGGCCGAAGCUGAGGCGCGACACGAUUGUCAGUCGGGAACCUGCUGCUACUCUGGAGCUGAAAACAGAGAAACAGGACAGUCGAGCGAUUUCAAGCACUGGAGUGAGGCCCUCUCUGUGCUGCAGUGGAGGGCUUCACGGACACAGCUAGUCUGGCUGAAUGCAUCACGCAGUGGAGCAGUUUGGCGGGCGUGGCACACGGGAUUCCUUCUCUCUGGAUGGACUCAACCGGGGACCUUGGGCUCCCGUGGGCGGCCGCGCAUGGCAGCCACCUGGCAGGUGUUUGCCGGGAAUGAGCCAACACCAGCUCCUUCCUCAUCUACCUCCUGGUCCAAUUCAUGGACUCAGCCAAGCCAAUAAAUUCUUCAACAAUGGGCCCUUGCGAGGCGGGGAGAAGCUGGAUCCCCCCCAGCCAAUGUUGCCGGGUCUGCCGAGGGAGCAGCUGAGGCCGCUUCCUCAUCAUCCUCUUCAUCAUCUUCAUCCUCCCCCUCCUCACCGGGCAUGGGAGCAACUCGGCCAGCUGUACGAAUCCCACCACCCUCCCCAAGGACAUCCAGGCGCGACUCUCCCCGAGCACUCGCUCCGCCUCCACAAUGGCGGCUACACUGGCAGUGGCGGCCCGCCCCCUACCCCGCAUCCCCCUGCCAAUAGGCCGAACCAACCGCUAAAGUUUGGGGGUCUUCAGGAGCACCAUGCCCCGCGGGGGCCGCCACUGCCGGGAGACGACAUGUGGGCUCAGGUGCAUCAGCAGCAGAGGGGGCACGCUGGCAAGAUGCCUGCCAGUCAGCUAAAGCGACCGCGCCCUCCGCUCGGCGAACACUCUGUCAUCCAGCACACUGCCGCGUCGUCGUCCGUGCACCCGCCCAACCGCUCGUCCAGCGAAGACUGGCCCAGCCCCAGCAAGAGGAAGAAAAGUUCCGAUCAGGUUUUGCAUCCUGGCCAGCAGCGCUUCCCUGGACCGGGCCAGGCUUUGCUAUCUCAGCCCCAUCACCCCAAACCGGCCUUCUGGAACCCACUUCAAAAGGACAACAGUACUUGGCAGCCUCCGAGCUGCGAUCGCAAGGCAUCUUUGGAGUUCCAAGGCCGAAUUGAGGCCCACAAACAAGCACUAAGCGGCUACCCCCAAAAGACGCCCCCGGCCACCUCCCCUCCUUCCACCGUGUCACCUCCCGUCAAUUCGCCGCCGAGCUACAACCCGGCUUGUGUGCCUCCUCUUCCUCGAGACUGCUUUCAACCUCAGGCUGUCAACCAGCAGUCCCCCCACUCCUCCUAUCGCAGCCCUUCUUCCAAACCGGCUCCCCUCUGUCACACCACGGAGGCCCACGGCCACAGAGGCCAUCUCACUGGGGCGCCGGCCGCCAGCAGAGGGGACAGGGAUCAACAUCGGCACGCUCAGCCUUCACCAGCAAAACCCCCAGCCGGCGGCGGCGGUGUGCCUUACAGCCACUUUCAGCCUCACCCAGUUCUGGGGCAACGUGUGCCUCCACCACCUCCCACCAGCACCACCUCAGUACCUCAGCAGAGUGGGCUCUAUGAUGUGUGGAGGUACCAGAGUAGGUCCAGCAGCCACCCCGUGGACGCCGGCAUCCCCAGACCUCCAGGACCGAUACCUCAUCACCAGCAGAGCCACAAUCAGGGUCCAGACAGUCAGCAUCAACCUCACGUCGGCCCGCCCCCUGUCAGCUCGACCCGCACCCCUGUCAUCACCGCCAAUCGCUCCUCCUGCCGCGUCGGUGGCUAUGGUAACAGCAGCGUCUCAGACGGCGGUUGCCAGGUGAACGGCGCCAGCAGGAACUGGCAGAGGAGUAACGAGCCGGCGCCCCAAAGCUCCAUCGGAGGUCCCCGUGGAUGUCUCCCCGGCCCUCAGUUGAGUGCCAGCCAGUUUCACCACGAGGUACGAGGAAGACUUCAAGAAAAUGGACCCUCCAGUGGGAAGACCUCCUUCUACCCUCAGGCGACGCACGUUCCGACGUGUUCCACGUCGUCGUCUUUGUUCUCCUCAGGGCUCCCCAGGACGGGGGACAGCGUCAUUACGAGCAGAGCCUCCAAGGCUGUUCCCAUUUCUCCUCCCGUGUAUUUCCCAUCUUCCGGCCACCGGCAGGCGUCCUCCCAGGCGUACUGCCAGCGGCAGAACCAUCCGGUUCCCGCUUCGAACCCCCAGUCCAUCGUGGAGGCGCUGGACAAACUGGACGCGGAGCUCGAGGGCCACAUGCAAGCUGAAGAGAGGAGGAGGAAGGAGAGAGAAGACGGAGAGCGGCGCAAGAGAGACUUGGAGAUGAAGCAAAAGCAGCAGGAGGAGGAGAAAAAGAGGGAGGAGGAGAGGAAGAAGAGAGAGCUGGAGAAACGCAAGGAGGAGGAGUAUCGGCGGAGGAGGGAGUGGGAGCUGCAGGAGCAAGAGAGGAAGAGGAGGGAAGUGGAGAGGCUGCAGGAGGAGGAGAGGAAGAAGAGGGAAUGGGAGAAGCAAGAGCGCGAGCGCAAGAGGAGAGAGGGGGAGAGGCGGGCGGAGGAGAAGAAGAGGCGAGAAGAGGAGGAGGAGCGCCAGAGGAUGGCCACGAGAAAGGAAGGAGGCGGAGGAGGAAAAAGAGGAGGGAGAGAGGAGGAAGCCAUGGUGAAAAAGCCUCAAGAGCAGACGGCCAUGGAGAGUCUAGAGAGGCUUCUGUGUGGCGACGCCUCGUCCGCUCCCCCGGCCCCCGCCCCGUCGCAGACCUCGCCCCCCUACCCGUGGCUGAGCCGCGGCGGCGGCGGCUCCUCCGGCCAGCCGACCGUCAGCGGCGCUCCGCUGGAAAGGCUGCGACCGCCUCCGCUCACGCCGCAGACGGACUACGCCCGCGAGAAGCAGAGGCAGCGCGAGAUGUGGGCCAGCCCCCCUCCCACCACCAUACACAACCGUACCUCAGGGAUCAGCCAGCAGCAGCCGCUCCACUCUGGCAAGCCCCCCGCCACCCAGGCCAACGAGCCAGCCGGCUCUCUGCCCGCGCUCCGAGAGCCCCCCAAACUCUAUCAGGCGUUUCCUAGGGAGAAGCGCUCGGACAGUUCUCCGUUCGAGGAAGAGCCGUCGGAGUUGUCCACGCUGCUCCCCGACGGCCUGGCCAACAUCAUGGCCAUGCUGGACGAAUCCAUCAAAAAGGAGGAGGAGAUGUACACCGAGGGUCUCCUGGGUACGUUUGCGCCGAGCGCCCCCCGCCCCGUCAAGGCUUACCUCUGCGCUCCUGACCUCCUCCCGGCGCUCAAGCGUCAGCCAAAUCAGGAAGACUUUGGGGCUGACCCCCACGCCAGCCCGCCCGUGCUCAGCCGCCAAGGCUCACUGGCUUCCCCGUGCAGCCGGACGUCUUCUCUCAACGAGGAACUGGAGGAGGAGGAGGAGGAGGAGGAGGAUUACCUGAAAACAUCUCUGCAAAGCACACUGGGAGUCAGGAACAGCACCUACCGCCACAGCGACCUGGCCAAACUUUACGGUCUUCCCGAGCAGGAGAAAAGCGAGGCGGAUGACGAUGAAGACGAGGAGGAGGAGGAAGAGGAUGGCCCCCGUUGCUCCCCGCCACCUCAAAGACCCCACCUCCACCAGACAGGCGUCAACAGCACGUUCAAGUCCAUGAACACGGCCCUGGAGAGACAGAAGUACGCGUACCGAGGCGGACCUUUCGGGAGACCCCCGCCGUCGGCUCUGCUCGGAGUCAAAUAUUCCUCGUCGCUCUCGCUGGGUCCCGACAUUUGCCGACAGCAGCACGGCGGCUCACCCACGUCCGAUUCCACUCAUGCUCCUUUCAGUCCAGCCGUAGCUCCUCCAAAGUCCUCCCCGGCGCGUCCGCUCGAAGACGUCAAGGUGGAGCUCGUUGAUGAAACCAUCACGGUGGAAAGGGUUGCCCAGAAGGAGAUCACGCCCGGCGUAGCGCGUUACCGCGCCAUCAAGGAGGAGCAUCGUCUGACCACCAUCUCCGAGUCGUCGCUGGCAGAGCUGACCGACGGAGCCAAGGUGACGCUCUCUCGCGAGUCGGACAAGCUGGCGCGUCACGCCAAAACUGAGGACGGACACAAGCCGGAAAAAGCGAAGGAGCACCGCGAGAAGGAGCGACACAAGGACAGAGAGCGGGAGAAGAAGAGGAAACACGGCCACAGCCACAAGCAGGAAGACACAAAGGAGAGGAAGAAGCACCGAGACAAGAGGGAAGAGGCGGUCUUCUCCUCCUCCUCCUCCUCCUCCUCCUCGUCUUCGUCGUCCUCCAGCAGCGGCCGCAGGCGGCACAAGGAGGGCAAGAGCCACAAGGACAAGAAGGACCGGCGAAUCCUCUGCGACCUCAACCUCCAGAGCAAGGAGGGAAAAACUUGCAGACACCACGACUCCGAGAAGAAGAAACGCAAAGACGCGUCCGGCGCCGGCGAGGGCGAGCACACCGAGUGGAGGUCAAAGAAAAGCGAAGAUUCGUCGCCGGACUUGCUAAAGCUGAAGGCUCUGUCGGACGGACCCCCCAAGGAGCUGAAGAUCCGACUCAUCAAAGUGGAGAGCGGCGACCGGGAGACCUUCAUCGCCUCCGAAGUGGAGGACAAGAGGAUUCCCCUGGAGCAGAUAAGCAUCAAGAACACAGCCGCUGAAAUCAUCCGAUCUUGCAAGGGAGCCCGAGUAAAGGGGAAGUUCAGGGAGUCUUUCUUGCUGCCGGCUUUCUCCGUCAAGCCCAUCAUGACCUCGGAGGAGCCCAUUCCCAGAGAGAAACUCAACCCCCCCACACCUAGCAUUUAUCUGGAGAGUAAGAGGGACGCCUUCUCUCCCGUGCUGCUGCAGUUCUGUACAGACCCAAAGAAUCCCGUCACGGUCAUCCGAGGACUGGCCGGAUCUUUACGGAUCAACUUGGGUCUAUUUUCCACCAAGUCUCUGGUGGAAGCCAACGCGGAGCAGGCGGUGGAGGUGCGGACUCAGGUGCAGCAGCCGGCGGAUGAGAACUGGGACCCCAGCGGGACGGGUCAGACGUGGCCAUGCGAGAGCAGCCGCUCGCACACCACCAUCGCUAAGUACGCGCAGUACCAGGCGUCCAGCUUCCAGGAGAGUCUGCAGGAGGAGAAAGGGAGCGAUGAAGAGGAGGACGGCGACGAUGACGAAGAAGACAAGAAGCCGCUCAGCAAUUCGGAAACCCCAAAUAAGGACAACAGCAACGCCAAAGAAACUAGCAGCAGCGGCGAGCAGAAGCCAGUGGGGAAGAUCAUUAAAUUUGGCACCAAUAUUGACCUGUCGGAUCCCAAGAGAUGGAAACCGCAACUGCAAGAGCUCCAAAAGCUGCCUGCCUUCAUGCGCGUGGCAUCCAGCGGCAACAUGCUGAGCCAUGUGGGACACACCAUCCUGGGCAUGAACACCGUCCAGCUCUACAUGAAGGUCCCGGGGAGCCGAACGCCAGGCCACCAAGAGAACAACAACUUUUGCUCGGUGAACAUCAACAUCGGCCCCGGAGACUGCGAGUGGUUUUCCGUGCACGAGAACUACUGGCAGGCCAUCAGUGACUUUUGUGAGAAGCACGGGGUGGACUACCUGACGGGGUCCUGGUGGCCCGUGUUGGAGGACCUCUACAACGCCAACAUCCCAGUGUACCGUUUCAUCCAGAGGCCGGGCGACUUGGUGUGGAUCAACGCCGGGACCGUUCACUGGGUUCAGGCCGUGGGCUGGUGCAACAACAUUGCCUGGAACGUGGGACCUCUGAACGCGUACCAGUACCAGCUGGCCCUGGAAAGGUUCGAGUGGAACGAAGUCAAGAAGGUCAAGUCCAUCGUACCCAUGAUUCACGUGUCGUGGAACGUGGCCCGCACACUCAAAAUCACCGACCCGGACACCUACAAGAUGAUCAGACAUUGUCUGCUGCAGUCCAUGAAGCACAUCCAAAUCCUGCGUGACCAACUGGUGGCUCAAGGCAAGAAGAUCUCCUACCAGGGCCGCGUCAAGGACGAGCCGGCUUACUACUGCAACGAGUGUGACGUGGAAGUGUUCAAUUUGCUGUUUGUGACAAGCGAGAGCAGCAGCAGGAAGACGUAUGUGGUGCACUGUGAGGACUGCGCCCGCGAGCGCACCCCCACCUCAACAACGUGGUGGUGCUGGAGCAGUACUCCUGGAGGAGCCACCGGCACGUACGAUUCCUUCAGCCUGGCCUCCUCUUCCUCCUCGUCAUCGUCGUCACGGUGACAGGAGCCCCCCCCCCCCCCCCCCCCCAGCCGCAACCAAAACUCCUGCGAGUCAGGACAAAAGAGAAAAACACUUUCAAUGUUGAUUCUUGGAGAUCGUCGAAUGGGUUUGUUUACUCCUUUUUUACUGUUUACAAAUCAAGACGCAGCAGUUUACGCCUCUCAGAUGGUGCUUUGAUUCUUUUGCUUCUCUCCUUGUCUUGAAUACAUUUGUACAUGUUGGGUUUGAAAAUAAAAAUAAUUUAUUUGUUUUCUUAAACUAGAUUCACCUAGAUAUAUAUACCACAUUGGCCUUGUCACUUGUAUUUAGGAAAGAAAAUGAAAAAAAAAUACUAAUAAUAGAGAAUAUGGAAGGUUUUUCUCGAAAGCAUUAAGAAUUUUGAAAAGUAAAAUUGCUGACAUACGGGUUUUCAUUAAAAAAAAAAAAGAAAUUAGGGGCGGGGUUUCAUUUUAUUCUUGUGUUCUUCUAUUUUUUAUUUCUAAUGAAUUGUACAUUUAUCGCUCCUGGAAAUGAUGAAUAUUCAAAGUUAGUUUUUUCUUUCUUCUUUUGGUUGGUGCUGACCUACUUGUUUUGUUCCAGUGUGUCCUCUUGAAGAGGGGAAAUUGUACAUUUAAUUUAAAAACAUUCCCUCUAUUUAUUGGAUAACACAGCCUUUUUUACUUCAAAAAACAAAACAGGGCUUUCCGUCAUUUUAAUGCUGUCCUUUGAUGAUGAUGAUGCAGUUUUUUUCUUCCCACUUCCGAUGUGUAUGAAACGAUAUUACGUCACAUUUUUCUGUAGACUAAAGACACUGCUUACGUAGAAUUUGUACGAUCUUUUUUGGGGAACUUUUCAAUGACACUUCAGUGAUCUUUGUUUUGGUUUUUAUUCUACAAUCUGGCAAAGAUGUCAAUGGGCUAGAUGGUGCUAAAAAUUCUCUUUUUGUGUUCUUGAGAAUUCUAUUUUUCCUGUUGCAAUAUUACACUUUUCCUUCUUCUUUGUGCUCAUUAAUUUAUAACUGCACUGUGUAGAAAAUUUGUACACACACACACACACACACACACACACACACAAACACACACACCAAACUGAGCCAGACUUGUCUUAAAACACUUUGUGAACUUGUGUGACAUUAUCAUGACUAUUAAUAAACCGAGACGAAUUGUA